AUGGGGCAAGUUACGAUUCUGAAGCGUGGUGAAAUAUUGAAGCCGUCGGAGGAGGAUCGAGUACCUGAAGUGGUCGAGGAAGAGGUAAAGUUCUAUGAAGUUUUGGAUUUGUGUUCCACGGAUCGGUUAGGUCCGGAGCCGGAGAUGGUUCCGAAGCAGAUCGGCUUCGCAGAUAUCAAGUCGAUUGAUUGUAGUUUUGCUGGUUCAUCUUUUCUUUCGUCUCCUCCUCCAAGUUCCCUUCCUUUACCUGGCUUUUUUACCAAGAAAGUUUUGCGGAGGAAUAAUGAUGUUGCGACGAUGGAUCUACGGCGGAUACUGCAGCUGGAUCAGUCGUGA